AUGACUCUCUCUCAUUUGCUUGCAGGGACAUGGCGGCUUACACAGCUGCAGGACGCGGUGAACUCGCCUGCAGACCAGUUUUGUAAUGCAAUUGGAGUGUUGCCCCAGUGUGGUCCUCCUGCCUCUUUUAGUAAUAUUCAGACAACAAUUAACAAAGAUCAGCCAGCUAAUCCCACAGAAGACUAUGCCCAGCUUUUUGCAGCACUGAUUGCACGAACAGCAAAAGACAUCGAUGUUUUGAUAGAUUCCUUGCCCAGUGAAGAAUCUACAGCUGCUUUACAGGCUGCUAGCUUGUAUAAGCUAGAAGAAGAAAAUCACGAAGUGGCUACAUGUCUGGAGGAUGUUGUUUAUCGAGGGGACAUGCUUCUGGAAAAGAUACAAAGUGCACUUGCUGAUAUUGCGCAGUCACAGCUGAAGACAAGACGCGGUACCCAUAGCCAGUCUCUGCCAGACUCAUAGUACCAGCGUAUACCGCAUGGCUGAGAAAAGAGCUAUUUCAAUGGCAUUA